AUCUCACUUCUUAAUUGUUCGUUACGUCUUUCUAAAGACAAUGGCUCAUAUCCAAAAGCUUGUCUCAGUUUUUUCACUUCAACUCCUGCUUGUUCUGUUUGCCUUGGACUCCACUACCUAUGCACUGCAAGUUGGGUUCUACCGGAAAACCUGUCCAAAUUUAGAGGCUAUUGUCCAUGCGACUACUUAUAACUACAUAUCUGGGGCACCAACUCUUGCUGCUCCUUUGUUAAGAAUGCAUUUCCAUGAUUGUUUUGUUAGGGGUUGUGAUGGUUCUGUGCUAUUGAAAUCAACAGCAAACAAACAAGCUGAGAAAGAUGCAAUCCCCAACCUAAGCUUAAGAGGGUUCCAAGUCAUAGAUGCUGUAAAAUCUGCAGUAGAAAAGAAGUGCCCUGGUGUUGUUUCUUGUGCCGAUAUCUUGGCCCUGGUAGCUCGUGACGCAGUAUUAAUGCUUCAUGGUCCAUUUUGGGAAGUUCCUACAGGACGAAGAGAUGGAAGAGUGUCAAUAGCCUCGGAGGCCUUGACAAACUUACCACCUCCUUUUGCUAACAUAGCUCAGCUCAAAGGAAUGUUUGCUUCAAAGGGUCUAACUGUUAAAGACCUAGUGGUCCUAUCAGGAGGACACACCAUUGGGACAUCUCACUGCUCAUCAUUCUCGAAUCGUAUAUACAAUUUCACUGGUAAAGGUGACACAGACCCCAAAUUGGACCGGAAUUACGUAGCUCAGUUGAAGAUCAAAUGUAAGCCGGGGGAUGCCAACACACUUGUUGAGAUGGACCCUGGAAGCUUCAAAACAUUUGAUGAAGAUUACUACACUCUAGUGACCAAAAGAAGAGGACUUUUCCAAUCUGAUUCAGCUCUUCUUGAUGAUAUGGAGACGAAAGCCUAUGUGACAACCCAAGCCAUCACUCAUGGAUUGACCUUUGCAAAAGAUUUUGCUGCAUCGAUGGUGAAAAUGGGUAACAUUGGAGUCCUCACUGGAAAAAAUGGUGAAAUAAGGAAGCAAUGUGCUUUUAUUAAUUGAUGAUAAGUUUAUUCGUCUGUUUUUUUGUUUUUUGUUUUUUUUCCACUGGUGAUUGAAUUCGCAAGUAUAAGUUGUUUGUUUGAUGAUGUAACAAUUUGUUGUGUGUUGGGUGCAUAUGUUUGGUGGGGUGGUAAGGUAGUAAUUUUACAUAAAUAUGUUCGAGCCCGGCCCAUCAAAGAUGGGGUCCACCCUUUAAAAAAUAAAUUAUUGUUUGUUCGAAGAA